AUGACAUUUUUGAGACUCCUUAUAUGUCAGAGAAAUUAUUUAAAUACUAGGAGCUAUCUACAUACUCCUUCUUACUUCCUUAAUGGGUCUUAUGAUCCUGUUAUGAUAGAGAAAAAUUGGUAUAAAUGGUGGCAAGAAAAUCAUCUUUUUUUGCCAAAAAAUACAAAAGAUAAGUUUUUUAGAGACAAUUAUGUGAUUUCUAUACUUCCUCCGCCAAACAUUACUGGUACUUUACAUCUUGGUCAUGCUUUAACUAUUAGUAUUCAAGAUGCAUUAAUUCGCUGGGAGAGGAUGCGAGGAAAAGAUGUUAUGUGGAUUCCUGGGAUGGAUCAUGCAGGCAUUGCAACUCAGAGUGUUGUAGAACGUUUUCUUUUAAAAACACAGAAUCUAAGAAGAAAAGAUAUAACUAGAGAUGCAUUUAUAAAUGAAAUUUGGAAAUGGAAAUGUUUACACACAAAUCAUAUUUUUCAUCAGAUUGCUUCUAUGGGCGCUUCUCUUGAUUGGUCCAAAGAAUUUUUUACUUUGGACGCACCUUUGUCUAAAGUAGUAAUGGAUUGUUUUAUUCAGUUGUUUAAUGAGGGUUUGAUAUAUAGAGAUAUAAAGAUGGUUAAUUGGUCGUGUACAUUGGAAACAGCUAUAUCAGAUAUUGAGAUAGAACAUAAGGUUGUUCCUAAACCUACUGAAAUAAUAAUUAGAGAAGAACCUGUUGAAUUUGGUGUAUUACAUCAAGUGGCAUAUCGAUUGGUUAAUUCAUUUGAUAUUGAUGAGAUUGUUAUUUCAACAUCGAGAGUAGAAACAAUUCCUGGAGACAAAGCUAUAUCAGUUAAUCCAAAUGAUAUGAGAUUUUUGGGUUUGCAUGGUAAAUAUUGUCAUAAUCCACUAAAUCCUGAUAUAAUUAUUCCUAUCAUACCUGAUGAAAUGGUUGAUCCUAAUUUUGGAACAGGUGCUAUUAAAAUAGCACCUGCGCAUGAUCCUAACGAUUAUAAAUUUUCUAUUCGCCACAAGAUACCAAUUUUAAGUAUUUUUGACACUGAUGGAAGAAUGAAUGCAUUAUGUCAGCUUCCUGAGCUACAGCAUCUUGAUCGUCUUAAAUGCAGGAAGUAUAUAUUGUCGAAAUUAAAGGAUAAAGGGUUAUAUCGUGGAUUUCAGAGUUAUAAAACAUCAAUACCUCUGUGCUCUCGUUCUGGUGAUUUAAUUGAGUAUUUUUUGAAACCACAGUGGUUUGUUUUGUAUCUUAAAACUAAACCUUUGGCUUUAAAUGUAUAUAAUAAUUAUAAAGUUGGAAAAUUCAAGAUUAAUCCAUCGCAUUACAGUAGUCAAUGGAUAAAAUGGUUGGAAAAUAUUGAAGAUUGGUGUAUUUCAAGACAAUUAUCUUGGGGUCAUCAGAUACCUGCUUGGUAUGUAGGCUCUAAUAAUGGAUAUUGGAUUGCUGCUACAUCUGAAGAAAAUGCCUUGAAAAUUUCGGGCGGAAAAGAAGUUAAACAAGAUCUUGAUGUUUUGGAUACUUGGUUUUCAUCUGCAUUACUUCCUUUGUCUGUAUUUCACUGGGAUGGUAAAAAUAUACCUGUUGAAUAUCCAUUAAAUUUUAUUGAAACUGGAUCUGAUAUUCUUUUUUUUUGGAUUUUAAGAAUGGCUCUACUUUGUACACAUUUUACUGGCAAAUUACCUUUUAAUGAAAUUAUUCUUCAUCCAUUGAUUAGAGAUUCCCAAGGAAGAAAAAUGUCUAAAUCUUUAGGAAAUGUUAUAGAUCCUUUAUGUAUUAUAAAAGGGGACUCUAAAACUCUAAAUGAUAUUGCUAUCGACGGAAAUGUUUUAGAACAGAAUAAACAUGAUAUAAAAACAAUAAAUUCUGGGUUAUCUGGUAUAAAGGCAAUGGGGGCUGAUUCGCUUCGAUUUGCAUUGAUAGAUUAUACAAAACAUACUCGGCAAAUUAAUAUGGAUAUUGCGAAUGUAUCUUCGGCAAAACAUACAUGUUUAAAGCUUUGGAAUGCUACUAGAUUUUUCUUGUAUCAAACAAAGUAUUAUGGCUUAAAAACUAUAGAUAUGAAUUUAAGAUCAACACAUAUUUUUGAUAAAUAUAUAGUAUCUAGACUUAAAAAGGCUAUUGAUGUUUGCAAUAUGGGGUUUGAGUUAAGAAAAUUGUUUGAAGUUACAGAGUGUUUGAGAAAAUUUAUUGUUUAUGACUUAUGUGGUAUUUAUUUGGAAUUUAUUAAACAAGAACUAAAAAAAAAUGAUAACGAGCGAGCAAUAUAUGCUUUGAGUACUCUUUAUUCUGUGUUAUAUAUCGUAGUUAAACUGCUUCACCCUAUAUCACCUUUUAUUACUGAAGAACUAUAUCAGUAUUUAUUGAAAUUUGUACCAUGUUCAGAAAUAAGUAUAAUGAUAUCAAAUUAUCCUAAUAAAGAUACUUUUUUUCAUUUAGAUGAUGAUUCUUUAGAAAGGGUAGAAAACAUUAUGAUAUUAAUACAUGAGUUUAGAUCUAUGAUAUCAAGUAUCAAAUAUAUAAAUUGUCCUGUAUUUGAAGGUUUCGUUGAAAUCAAUCAUAAAAAUAAUAUAUUUAAGGAAGAUGUUAAAAAUUUUAGGAAUAUUAUUCGAGAUAUGAUUGGAAUUAGUGAUUUAAGAUUAAAUGAUAUAAAUAAUGAUUUAACAGAUAUGUAUUCUAGAGUUGUUAAUUCUGAAUUAGUUCUCUAUCUACACACCAAAGAUUUAUUUUUGGAUAAUUCAAAGCAAAUAUCUAGGGUUAAAUGGCUUCAAAAACAAGAAGAAGCUAUUUCUAAUAUAUUAAAAUCUGAGAAAUAUAUUCAAAAUGCUCCUAUAUAUAUUCAAGAAAAAAACAUAAAAAAAUUAGAAGAUAUUCAGAAUGAAUUAAGACUUAUUUGUAAUCGUCAAAAAGGAGAUAAAAACUAG